AUGAGCAACGACUAUGGCUUCAGUUUGACCACCUUUAGCCCGACUGGGAAACUGGGCCAGAUCGACCGCGCGCGCAAAGCGGUUUCGCUGCACGGAGCUUUGGCAGUGGGCAUGAGCUGCGACGAAGGCGCGGUGAUGUGCGUGGAGUACAAAAAGCUCUCGCCGCUGAUCGACAUUUCGAAGCUCGACAAGCUCGAAACCAUCGGCGAGCACAUCGGCGUGACGUACUCCGGCAUGCCCGCGGACUUCCACGCGCUGUUGACGUUCGCGCGCGAGAAGGCCGUGAAGUACGAACGCACCUACGGACAACCGAUCCCGGUGCUGCAACUCGUCAAGAAGCUCGCAGACCUGUAUCAGGAGCACACGCAGAGCGGCGCAGUGCGCCCGUUCGGCUGCGCGCUGCUGCUCUGCGGCGUCGACGACGGCAAGUGCAAGAUUUUCCAAGUGGACCCGAGCGGCACCUUUCUUAUUUGGAAGGCAAGCGCGAUCGGCAAAAUGGGUGAGUCCGCGAUGAAGGUGUUGGAGCGCCGCUACCGCGCGGACAUGAGCUUGGAGGACGCGGUGCACGCCGCGAUUUUGACGAUGAAGGAGCACGCAGAGACGCAGCUGACGAGCACCAGCUUGUGCGUGGGCGUGUGCGAGAGAAAUAAGUUUACGCUGUUGCGGCCCGACGAGUUUUCGGUCUACCUCGGAGAGGGCGGCGAGGCCGUGCAGAACGGCCGUUAA